CACCUCCAGAUUUGCAUAAAAAAGGCCAAGAAAACUCUGGCUGGGCCCCAGCCUCUGCUCACUCUGCUCCCCCGGGUCGGAGCCCCCCGGAGCUGCGCGCGGGCUUGCAGUGCCUUGCCCGCGCCGACCUCCCGGCGCCCGGCUUCGCGCGCUCGCGCCGCCCGCUGUCCAGAGACCACGAGCAGAGCGAGCGGGGCCCGGACGAGCUCGAGCUCCGGCCGCCUCUCGCUUUCCCGGCUCGGCUCCCUCCGCCCCCCGGGGGGUCGCUAGUCCACGAUGCCGCGGGGCCCUGCCUCGCUGUUGCUGCUUGUCCUCGCCUCGCACUGCUGCCUGGGCUCGGCGCGUGGGCUCUUCCUCUUCGGCCAGCCCGACUUCUCCUACAAGCGCAGCAACUGCAAGCCCAUCCCGGCCAACCUGCAGCUGUGCCACGGCAUCGAGUACCAGAACAUGCGGCUGCCCAACCUGCUGGGCCACGAGACCAUGAAGGAGGUGCUGGAGCAGGCGGGCGCCUGGAUUCCGCUGGUCAUGAAGCAGUGCCACCCGGACACCAAGAAGUUCCUGUGCUCGCUCUUCGCCCCUGUCUGUCUCGACGACCUAGAUGAGACCAUCCAGCCGUGUCACUCGCUCUGCGUGCAGGUGAAGGACCGCUGCGCCCCGGUCAUGUCCGCCUUCGGCUUCCCCUGGCCAGACAUGCUGGAGUGCGACCGUUUCCCGCAGGACAACGACCUCUGCAUCCCCCUCGCUAGUAGCGACCACCUCCUGCCGGCCACAGAGGAAGCUCCCAAGGUGUGUGAAGCCUGCAAAACCAAGAAUGAGGACGACAACGACAUCAUGGAAACUCUUUGUAAAAAUGACUUCGCACUGAAAAUCAAAGUGAAGGAGAUAACCUACAUCAACAGAGACACUAAAAUCAUCCUGGAGACGAAGAGCAAGACCAUUUACAAGCUGAACGGCGUGUCUGAAAGGGACCUGAAGAAAUCCGUGCUGUGGCUCAAAGACAGCCUGCAGUGCACCUGCGAGGAGAUGAACGACAUCAACGCUCCCUAUCUGGUCAUGGGACAGAAGCAGGGCGGCGAGCUGGUGAUCACUUCCGUGAAACGGUGGCAGAAGGGCCAGAGAGAGUUCAAGCGCAUCUCCCGCAGCAUCCGCAAGCUGCAAUGCUAGUUUCCUAGUGGGGUGGCUUCUCUCCCGCCGGGCCCUGGGCUCCGUGGACCACGUCUAUUCUGCGACCUCAUUUCCGGUUUCCCAAGCACAGUCCCUGAAAGCUACUGCCCCAGCUUGGAGCUGCUUGCCCUGCCUCCUGCAUGUGUGUACCCCUAACAUGUCCUGAGUUAUAAGGCCCUAGGAGGCCUCGGGAUCCGAUAGCUGUUUUCACAUAAAGCGAAAAGUCCAUCCAGAUCUUGUACAAAUAUUCAAACUAAUAAAAUCAUGACUAUUUUUAUGAAGUUUUAGAACAGCUCGUUUUAAGGUUAGUUUUGAAUAGCUGUAGUAAUGUGACCCGAGGGGCAUUUUCUCUCUUUGAUCAGUCUGUUGGCUUAGACUAUCCACUUAAGUUGCCACGUCAGGCAAAUUGUUUCUUUUCUUUUCUUUUUUUUUCUUUUCUCUGUGGUCUAAGCUUGUGGGUCCCAGACUUGGUUGAGAUAAAGCUGGCUGUUAUCUCAAAGUCUUCCUCGGUUCCAGCCUGAGACUCGGUGUCUAAGUCUUCAAACAUUUCAUUGCUCAUUUUAUGCCCUCAUUAACUCCAGCCAUUGCAUGCAUUCCCAUCUCAGCUACAGAACUUCACUUUAUAAGCACACAGUAACCAUUCCUCAUUGCAUGAUGGCCUCAAAUAAAAAGUGAAUACAGUCUAUAAAUUGAUGAGUAUUUUAAGCUUUGUUUAAAACAUCUUUUAAUUCAAUUUUUUAAACAUUUUUUUUGCAAACUAAAUCAUUGUAGCUUACCUGUAAUAUACAUAGUAGUUGACCUGGAAAAGUUGUAAAAAUAUUGCUUUAACCGACACUGUAAAUAUUUCAGAUAAACAUUAUAUUCUUUGUAUAUAAACUUUACAUCUUGUUGUACCUAU